UUGUUUGUUAACAUGGUUAUCAACUUGUCAAUGUGUGAGGGAGAAUUUUAACAAAUUGUGUACAGUCAAAGUAAAGAUUUGCAGCUGCAGCGGUUAAAUAAAUUUGAUUAAACAAGACUGAAACAGAUGAUAAGGACUGCAUGGACCAUAAAUUAAGAUUGGUAUACACCUGGUUUCAAUUGUAAAUAGAAAGAUUAUUAGAAUGAUGGCACCCCUAUUGGAAGAAGAAGAGAAUUAUGUACGAUUAGCUUUGUUAUUGAAGGGAGUGUCACCAAGAGCAGUCCGUACUUAUUUUGACAGAGAAUUUCCACCUACUCAUCUACCUUCAACACUGAAUACACACUACAACACUCUUGAUGACUUGAAAUUAAAGAGAGUUUUGAACCAGGCUCAGUGGAAUCUUUUGUUUCCACUAAAUGGUGUACCUGUUUCGUCAACUUUUGAUGUAACAUUGAUGAUUUGCUUGAUCAGAAACUUGACAUCUGUUACUCAGCCAAUCAAUGGUUUUGACAGAUUACCACCAUCAGUGGAAACAACUCCUGGAGCUGAUCUAGCAAGGAUUAAAUGGUACAGGAAUAUAUUAGCUCAUCAUGAUAGUAACAAAAUGGCCACUGCUGAUUUCAAUACAGCAUGGAAUAAUAUAUCUGAUGCAGUAAGUAGAUUGGGUGGUCAGCCAAUGAAUCAAGAGUGCCAAGAGUUAAAGGUGAAAAUCUUAGAUCAGUCCAAUCAGGAAAUUAUGCUAGAAAUUAAACAAUCACAGAAAGAGAUGGAAGAAAUUAGAGAUAUUUUAAAAGACCCAAUUCCAUGGAACAUCAGAGGUCAAAUUAAAGAGGAAUUGGAAACUUGGACAAAAGAUGACAAAAUGUUUAUAGAAACAAAUGGAGCAAAGAGUGUAUUAAAAUGUAUUAAAGAAAAUGGUUGUGUUGUUGUCACUGGAAGUUCAGGAAUAGGAAAAUCAUCAUUGGUGCGUCAUGUUGCUCUACGAAUGCAAGAAGGAGGCUAUGAUAUUUUACCGGUAACAAUCCCUGAAGAAAUCAUCAAGUGGUACAAUCCAAGUAAGAAAACCCUGUUUGUAAUGGAUGACUUUUGUGGAACAUAUGUCAUAAAUCCUAUGAAGUUGGAAAGUUGGAAAAAUCUGAUGGAAAAAAUCAAAACAUUAAUAGAAAAGAAACCAGUCAAAUUAAUCAUGUCUUGUAGACUUCAGGUUUUUAGGGAUGAAAAAAUGAAAUCUUUAUCAUUUUAUCAAUCAUUUGAAUGUAAUCUUUUGUCUGAAGAUUUACGUUUAUCCAAAACAGAAAAACAAUUUAUUGCUGAACUUUACUUGAAAACAAAAGCCUCUCAGAUCAAGGAAUUUUAUGAUAUGUUUGACUGUUUUCCUCUUUUAUGUCAAUUAUACAGCAAAAACACAAGUCUGAAAAUGGUAGAUUUCUUCAAGAAUCCAUUUACAGUUUACAAAGAAGAGAUAGAUAAAUUACAAACAGAGGGAGCACAUGUCAAAUACUGUGCACUUGCUCUAUGUGUAAUGUUUAACAAUCGUUUAAAAAUGGAAUGGUUUACUGAAGAUGUCAAUAAAGAUAUCAAAACAAUUAUAAAGAACACAUAUGAAGCUUGUAAAGUGGUGAAAGGAACAUCUCGAUUGGUACUUCCUGAUGAGCUGGAUUCACUAACUCAUACGUUUAUCAGAAAGGAUGGUGAAGUGUACAGAACAAUUCAUGACAAGCUGUUUGACUUUCUUGCUUUUUACUUUGGUAGUGUUAUGAUCCAUUGUUUAAUUAAUAAUGCUUCAAGUCAGUUUAUUCGUGAAAGGUUUGUUUUUGAAAAAAAAGGCAACAGAAAGGCGUUUUUAAUAGAUGUAUCAGAAAGAUAUCAGCAAAUGUAUAUAAAUAGAAUGAUAGAUGACUGGUUUAGAGGAAAGGUAGUAGAUGUCUUCUGUAACAUCAACAUGGGUGAUCAAAUCUUCAGACAAAGAUUCCUUGUACAUGUAAAAGGUUUAGAAAUAUCAAAACAGAACCAAUUAGCUAGACUUUAUAACACACAAAACAAAGACACUCCAUUAAUACACUGUUGUUAUAUAGGCGAUAUUGAUAUGGUUAAAUGGUGCUUAUAUAAUUGUAUUAGUAAUGUAAACCAUUGUAGAGAUACUGGAGUAUCACCUCUGUUCUUUGCUUGUCAGAAAGGACAUACUGACGUAGUACAAAUGUUAACAAACAAUAAGGCUGACAUUAAUAAGUGUAGAGAUAUGGGAGCAUCACCUCUGUACAUUGCUUGUGAGAAAGGACAUACUGAAGUAGUACAGAUGUUAAUAAACAAUAAGGCUGACAUUAAUAAAUGUAGAGAUAUGGGAGCAUCACCUCUGUACAUUGCUUGUGAGAAAGGACAUACUGAAGUAGUACAGAUGUUAAUAAACAAUAAGGCUGACAUUAAUAAGUGUGAUAAUGAAGAAGUAUCACCUCUGUUUAUUGCUUGUCAGAAAGGACAUACUGAAGUAGUACAGAUGUUAAUAAACAAUAAGGCUGACAUUAAUAAGUGUAGAGAUAUGGGAGCAUCACCUCUGUACAUAGCUUGUCAGAAUAGACAUACUGAAGUAGUACAGAUGUUAAUAAACAAUAAGGCUGACAUUAAUAAGUGUAGAGAUAUGGGAGCAUCACCUCUGUACAUUGCUUGUGAGAAAGGACAUACUGAAGUAGUACAGAUGUUAAUAAACAAUAAGGCUGACAUUAAUAAGUGUGAUAAUGAAGAAGGAUCACCUCUGUACAUUGCUUGUGAGAAUGGACAUACUGAAGUAGUACAGAUGUUAAUAAACAAUAAGGCUGACAUUAAUAAGUGUAGAGAUACUGGAUCAUCACCUCUGUUCAUUGCUUGUCAGAAAGGACAUACUGAAGUAGUACAGAUGUUAAUAAACAAUAAGGCUGACAUUAAUAAGUGUAGAGAUAUGGGAGCAUCACCUCUGUACAUUGCUUGUCAGAAAGGACAUACUGAAGUAGUACAGAUGUUAAUAAACAAUAAGGCUGACAUUAAUAAGUGUAGAGAUAUGGGAGUAUCACCUCUGUACAUUGCUUGUGAGAAAGGACAUACUGAAGUAGUACAGAUGUUAAUAAACAAUAAGGCUGACAUUAAUAAGUGUAGAGAUACUGGAUCAUCACCUCUGUUCAUUGCUUGUCAGAAAGGACAUACUGAAGUAGUACAGAUGUUAAUAAACAAUAAGGCUGACAUUAAUAAGUGUAGAGAUAUGGGAGCAUCACCUCUGUACAUUGCUUGUCAGAAAGGACAUACUGAAGUAGUACAGAUGUUAAUAAACAAUAAGGCUGACAUUAAUAAGUGUAAAGAUACUGGAUCAUCACCUCUGUUCAUUGCUUGUCAGAAUAGACAUACUGAAGUAGUACAGAUGUUAAUAAACAAUAAGGCCGACAUUAAUAAGUGUAGAGAUAUGGGAGCAUCACCUCUGUACAUUGCUUGUGAGAAAGGACAUACUGAAGUAGUACAGAUGUUAAUAAACAAUAAGGCUGACAUUAAUAAGUGUGAUAAUGAAGAAGGAUCACCUCUGUACAUUGCUUGUGAGAAUGGACAUACUGAAGUAGUACAGAUGUUAAUAAACAAUAAGGCUGACAUUAAUAAGUGUAGAGAUACUGGAUCAUCACCUCUGUUCAUUGCUUGUCAGAAAGGACAUACUGAAGUAGUACAGAUGUUAAUAAACAAUAAGGCUGACAUUAAUAAGUGUAGAGAUAUGGGAGCAUCACCUCUGUACAUUGCUUGUCAGAAAGGACAUACUGAAGUAGUACAGAUGUUAAUAAACAAUAAGGCUGACAUUAAUAAGUGUAGAGAUAUGGGAGUAUCACCUCUGUACAUUGCUUGUGAGAAAGGACAUACUGAAGUAGUACAGAUGUUAAUAAACAAUAAGGCUGACAUUAAUAAGUGUAGAGAUACUGGAUCAUCACCUCUGUUCAUUGCUUGUCAGAAAGGACAUACUGAAGUAGUACAGAUGUUAAUAAACAAUAAGGCUGACAUUAAUAAGUGUAGAGAUAUGGGAGCAUCACCUCUGUACAUUGCUUGUCAGAAAGGACAUACUGAAGUAGUACAGAUGUUAAUAAACAAUAAGGCUGACAUUAAUAAGUGUAAAGAUACUGGAUCAUCACCUCUGUUCAUUGCUUGUCAGAAUAGACAUACUGAAGUAGUACAGAUGUUAAUAAACAAUAAGGCCGACAUUAAUAAGUGUAGAGAUAUGGGAGCAUCACCUCUGUACAUUGCUUGUGAGAAAGGACAUACUGAAGUAGUACAGAUGUUAAUAAACAAUAAGGCUGACAUUAAUAAAUGUAGAGAUAUGGGAGCAUCACCUCUGUACAUUGCUUGUGAGAAAGGACAUACUGAAGUAGUACAGAUGUUAAUAAACAAUAAGGCUGACAUUAAUAAGUGUGAUAAUGAAGAAGUAUCACCUCUGUUUAUUGCUUGUCAGAAAGGACAUACUGAAGUAGUACAGAUGUUAAUAAACAAUAAGGCUGACAUUGAUAAGUGUGAUAAUGAAGAAGGAUCACCUCUGUUUAUUGCUUGUCAGGAAGGACAUACUGAAGUAGUACAGAUGUUAAUAAACAAUAAGACUGACAUUAAUAAGUGUAGAGAUAUGGGAUCAUCACCUCUGUACAUAGCUUGUCAGAAUGGACAUACUGAAGUAGUACAGAUGUUAAUAAACAAUAAGGCUGACAUUAAUAAGUGUAGAGAUAUAGGAGCAUCACCUCUGUUCAUUGCUUGUCAGAAUGGACAUACUGAAGUAGUACAGAUGUUAAUAAACAAUAAGGCUGACAUUAAUAAGUGUAGAGAUAAUGAUGGAGUAUCACCUCUGUUCAUUGCUUGUCAGAAAGGACAUACUGAAGUAGUACAGAUGUUAAUAAACAAUAAGGCUGACAUUAAUAAGUGUAUGAGAACAGGAGAAUCCCCUAUAUUUAUAGCUUGUUAUAUAGGUCAUAUAGAGAUUGUUGAAUUGUUGUUAAAACAUGAAGCAGAUUGUAACAUUAAAUGGAGAGGACUCACACCACUAGAUAUUGCAAGGAGAGAAAAUCAUACCAAUAUUGUACAUUUAUUACAAAAACACAAAUAAUAUACAUUAGAAGUUUGGGUGACAUGAUAAAUCAAUAAAACUGCUUAUUAUAUAAUUAAACAAAAAGACCUGCCAUCAUUAGAUAUAAUUGCAAGCUAGAAGAAAAAAAUCAUACCAAUGUUGUUUGUUUAUUAAAGAGACUAAAUAGAUAAAACAUGUGAUGU